CCUAUCAACAUAGUAUAACUCUACUGAGUGCGAAACUAAGUCUAUUGUUUGUAGCUAUGCUAUUGACUAAUGUUUAUCGCUUAGUCUCUCCUGUAAUCUGGGUUACGGAACAAGUCAGCCGUGACACGUGUGACUGCUUGUUGUGGUUUUCUAAAUUAAAAUUUUAAUAUGAUAUAAUUUUGAUAAAAUCUUAGUGGAUAAUGAUAUGACAGUAACUCUGUUUUUUUCAUUGGAUGUGUAUUGUUUACAAUGAGAGAGAGAGAAAAGUAUAUAGGAUAGCACGGCUGAAAUACCAUUGCCAUAUUGAUGACGAAUUCUUGGUAUGACAUCAAACCUUUAUCAAUGAAUUAGCCAAUGGAAGAGAUGUGGCACUUUAUCAUUGAUGUUAUUUAUUAGAAGACAGAUGGUGAUUCUCAGUUACAGCACCAUGUUCAAGUGCAAUAGAGCAAUAAAUAUCAAAAUAUAGAAUCUUUUUCUUUUUUACAAAUCAACUUGAAGCACAGAUAAAAUCCCAAAAUGGUUGGCUUAUUACUGUUUCAGAGUUUAUGUUACAAUUUACCAUUUAUUUAGUAAUGUUGUGGUCAUCUGUUGAUCUGUUUUUGUCACUUUAUUGACAAUGGCAUUUUACUUCAUUUUAAUAUAAUUUUAAAACCUGGCUGGUUUAUUGAAUCUUAUGGAAAAAGUCAGUCAACUAUAAAGAAGAUUUCAUCAAAUAAAAGAAUGUAGGAUAAUGUUUCCAUUUAAGCCAGACCAUUCACUUUUGGCAACACACUUUAAGUGGAGACAAAACUGAUUCAUGAAAAGUUACCAGAAAGAAAUACUCCAUAAGAGAGUCUAAAAAAAAAAUAUUAAAAAAAAAACAAAAACAUGUCACAUUCUCAGCAAAAACAAUUUCACUGUAAAAUGUGUGGAAGAAGUUUUGUUCUAAGGUUUAACCUUUUACAACACAGGAGGACGCACAAACAGUUGAAGAUUGAUUUGUGUAAAAUAUGUGGUAAAAGCUUUCCUUUAAAAUAUAUUUUCCAUAAGCACAAACAAAUGCACAAAGGGGAAACAUCACAUACAGGUAAAAAGAAGGGUGUUGCUUGUUCCCCAAACAAUAAUUCUUACAAAGGAAAAGUGAGGGUUUCCCAAGAAAAUGAUUAUCAAUAUAUUAAUGAUAAUGUUUAUUCUCAGAACAGUUGUUCAUCAGACCAGAAACAUUUAUAUUAUGAAAGUAAAUCAUAUCAGCAUAAGCUUAGUGAUAAAUUAUUCCUUAAUGAUGGUAGGUUAUCUGAGCAUAUAGAAACACACAAUAAACACACUUCCUAUAAGCAUACAAUGGAUAGUAAAUAUUUCCCUAUUCCAAAUGCUGCAGGAAAGCAAAAUCAAAACCAGACAAGUGAAGUAUCCUUUCUAUGUGAAAUAUGUGGCAAAUUGUUUUUCCAAAGUAGUAGUCUGUCAAAGCAUAUUCAAACACACAUGGAAAAGAAAUCCUACUCUUGUCAAAUCUGUGGUAAAAGGUUUUCUGUGAAAAUUAGUUUAUCAAAGCAUCUGUGGUUACAUACAGGGGAAAAUCCAUUUUUAUGUAAAAUUUGUGGUGAUGCAUUUCCUGAAAAUAGUCUUCUACAAGAACAUAAACAGGUGCAUAUAAAUGAAAAGCUUUUUUCUUGUGAUGUUUGUGGUAAAGCUUUUCCUAAAAGAUCAAGUUUAUCAAGACAUAAACAAAUUCAUACGGGGUUGAAACCAUACAGAUGUGACAUUUGUGGUAAAUCUUUCAAUGCCAAUAACAAUUUCAACAAACAUAAACGACUGCACACAGGAGAAAGACCUUAUACAUGUGUAGAUUGUGGUAAAUCUUUCUCUACAAAUGGCACAUUGUUAAAACACAUUCGUGUACACACUGGUGAGAAACCAUAUAGUUGUGAUAUCUGUGGGAAAGCUUUUUCACAAAGUAGUAGUUUAGUUGAUCACAAACGAAUACAUACAAAAGAAAAACCAUAUUGCUGUAAUAUAUGUGGGAGAUGUUUCUCUCUGAAAACAAACUUGGUGAAACACGUUCGAACUCACACGGGAGAGAGACCUUAUACAUGCGAUAUUUGCGGGAAAUCUUUCUCUCAACACACCACACUGUCAAAACACACUCAAAUACACACUGGAGAGAAACCAUACCAGUGUGAAGUUUGUCAUAAAUCUUUUGCAGCAAGUUUCCACUUCUUAGAGCACAAACGAGUCCAUACAGGUGAGAAACCUUAUGCAUGUGAAAUCUGUGGCAAGGCUUUUUCUAAAAGAUUCAGUUUAUCACGACAUAAUCGAAUACACACUACUGGCAAAACCUAUGAUUGUGAAAUAUGUGGGAAAUCUUUUUAUUUAAGCACUGAAUUAAUCCAGCAUCAACGUUUACAUUCAGGAGAGAAGCCAUAUACCUGUGAUAUCUGUAAUAAACGAUUCUCUCUUAAAUCCACUUUAUUAAGACACCAUCGAUCGCACACUGGAGAAAAACCUUACAGCUGUGAGUAUUGUGGUAAAUCUUUUUAUAUUAAAGGUAAUUUAUUAAAGCACAAAUGGCUACACACUGGAGGUAAACCAUUUGCUUGUGAAGUCUGUGGGAAAGCAUUUGCCUCGAAAAGUGCAUUGUUGAAACAUAUCCGUGUGCAUACAGGAGAGAAACCUUUCAAGUGUGACAUUUGUGGAAGAUCAUUUUCACAAAACAGUAAUUUAACUCAGCACCAAAGACUACAUGAGCGAGAUGGUGUAGUUCCAUGAAAAACAACCUGUUGUGUUUCUUCAUAAAUUGACUAAUCUAGACUCAGCUUGGAAUAGUGUGGGUGGGGCAUUUCACAUGUCCAUACAUGUAUUUUAUAUAUUAAACAUGCAUUUUAUAUAUAUAUUUAUAUAUAUUUUAUAAAACUUUUCUUCAUUGACAUCAAUAAAAUAUUUUUUUGGUGUUUGUAACAAAACUGAAACAGAAUUAAACUGUGUUGACAUGUUCCCAGACCCUCUUUAUUAAGGCAUUUGAAGAUAUUCAUCUAUUCUGUUACAAUCUAGAACAAAGAUCUGAAUGCAUUUAAGAUUUUUUCUAUCCAUAUAUAUAUAUAUAUAUAUAUAUAUAUAUAUAUAUAUAUAUAUAUAUAUUAGAUUAUUAAGAAGAGGUAUGAGAGUGAGUCAAAAGCCAACUGUUUUAUGCCACUUACCCUAACUCUUGGUCUUUGAGUCUCUUUAGUAACUUUUCUGAUGAUUAAGGAAAACGUUUGCUCAUGCAUUGAGUUCUGUUUCUCCAGUUUAUUUCACCAAACCUGUUUCAGUAAA